AUGGCUUCUGAUCUGUCUAAUGCCGAUGUGAACGGCGGAAUCCCCAAAUCUCGGGCUGCUAUGCUCGAGGAACAGCAUGCACGUGAUGAGGCCCAUAAGCCGACUGUGGAGGAUGUUGUGGAUGAAGAAGAUCUCAAGCACCCUCCCCCAUCGUCCUUAGUGCAGGACCAAAAGGUGGAUGUCCCAGCGCAGAGCCCGGCACCUACGGAAGCCCCCGCUCCCAAGGCUGCCCCUAAGAAGGCGCCCGCCUUUGAUGUACAAUCGGAGGAGUUGUUCCCUGCCCUGGGAAGUGGCCCGAAGCCUAAAGCACCUGCCGCAUCUGCAUGGGGUGCUAGAGGGCCUUCAGCGGCUGCCGCCGUCGCCAACGGUGUUCCCGGUGGUUCCCCGGCAGCACAAGGCCCCCGCAUCAUGAGCCUUCCUGGCAAACACGUCGAGCAGCUCCGACUGGCGCCUUCCCAGAUGCUUCCUCGAGGACAAUUGAAGAAACCUUUGCGGGAUAUUUUGCGGGACAUCUCGAGGCGGUCGAAGGCCAACGUUGAUAUGCGAGGUGGCCCCGGUGGCUCUAUAAUCUUCGAGGGCAAAGGUUCAGUAGAUGCCGUCAGACAGGCUCUGAAGGAGGUCGCACAACAAGUUGGCUCCAAGCAAUCGGUUCGCGUCCCAAUUCCUACUUCUGCCCGACCUCACAUCAUCGGUAGACAAGGUGCUGUUGUACAGGAUAUGCAGCAGCGGACGGGUGCACGUGUGCAGGUUCCCCGCGUCGAUGAGUCUGCGGGACAGGCCGAGGACGACGAGGAUACCAUUGAUGUCCUCAUCGAAGGUGAUGCUGUUGCAGCUGAAAUGGCUCGGCGGGAAAUUGAGGCCAUUGUGAAGGAGAGAGCUUCAAACAUGAGUCUGCGGCUCAAGUCUAUCCCUCCUGAGUUCUUUCCUUUCAUCGCGGGAGCUCAUAAUGCGAACCUUAGAGACAUCGAGCAGCGCACCAAUGCGCAAGUGCACGUUCCUCGGUACGAUACAUGGCAAAGCCAGCCCCCACCUCAGGAGGCUGAUCCGGGUCAUGUUCAGUUUGUGGCAGUCCCUGAAAAGCACAUCCACAUCAGUGGAGAGCGUGCUGCAGCCCAGGAAGCUCGUGCAGAAAUUGAAAGACUUGCUGCUGAUCUUCAGCGCCAGUUGACUCUUCGUCAACUCGCUAUUAACCGUGGCCAGCAUCAAUUCAUCCUUGGUGAUAACGCUGAUGCUCUGCAUGAGUUCCUUGCUGACACUGGCUGUGCGAUCGUUCUUCCACCUUCAUCGGAUGACAGCGAAUUCCUUACGAUUACAGGCCCAUUGGAUUCUAUUGAGAAUGGUAUCAACCGGGCAAUGGAUCUUGCCACGAGUAUGCAGAUGGCAAGCAUCGACCUGUCACGUCAGCAUCCGAAUGCUCCCAGUGGAGCACACGCCCACGCGCGUGCCCUUACUCGCUACCUGAGGCAGCGACAGAUCAUCAAAGAAUUGGAAAGUAUGUACGACGCUCGUAUCGCACUUCCUCCAAGUUCUGAUGGGCCGGUCACCUGGGAGGUUUACUCUAGAGACGGAAAAAACACUAUUCGUGCGCGGUCCGAUAUCAUGAACCUUGUUCAUGCUCAUCCUCCAGCAAGGCUUCGCCACAUUUCUGUUGACCCCUAUUUCCACCCGUACAUUCGGUCUCGGGCUAUCCCGAAACUACAGGAGGAGUAUGGUGUCCAUGUCCUCACCCCUGAAGCGCUUGAUUGCCCAGACGUAGUGCUCGUUUACGAAGGACCGUCGGCUACUGCUUCUCAAUUCGAAGUUCCACGCCAGCGACCAACUGCUGCUGAACUUGCCGCCUUUGAGAAGGCUCUCCAAGAAGCUCAGAACUAUCUCUCUAGCGCGUUGGGUGACCAGAAUGAUAUCGUGGCAAAGUCUGCGAAUGUGCCUGCCAAGUAUCAAGAGAAGGUUAGGAAGUUCGUUGCUCGUGAAGAGCAGGCGAAGGGCGAGGAUUCGAUACCUGUUCGCGCCCUCGUCGCAGAGCCGAGCGGCCGGGGUGCUGAAUGCGAGGUCGCACUGCGCGGUCCUUCCCGUCUCGUGGAAGAGUUGAUCUCAAAGUUGCAAGCGUUUGUUACCGACCAAGAGAAAGAUGACCUGGAGAGGGGGUAUACAACUUCGUUUGACUUCCCUCAGAAAUUCGCCAACUUCCUCAUCGGUAAGAAGGGUGAAAACAUCAAUAAGCUCCGUGAGGAGUUUGAUGUUGAUAUCAAGGUGGAGAACGGCAAAGUUGAGGUUAAGGGCCCCAAGGCCAAGGCCGAUGCUGCUAAGGUUAGAAUCAUCAACUUGGGAAAGAAGCUGGAAGAUGAAACUACACAUGUCUUGAAGAUCCCCGCCCAAUACCACCGUGAGCUUAUCGGUCAGCAAGGUAGCCAGGUUAACAGGCUUCAAGAUCGCUAUCAUGUCCGAGUCCAGUUCCCCCGCGCGACACCUAUUGCUGCGGACGACCAGUCUGUCGAGGCAUCUAGCGAAGCGGGUGGAUCCCGUCCCAGCCGACCUCAGCAGGGUGCUGAUGAAGUUAUUGUGAAGGGUCCCAGCAAGGGCGCCGAUGCCACCCGCGAUGAACUGCUUAGCUUGCUGCAGUGGGUCAUUGACCACUCUCACUCUGGCUCGGUGUCCGUUUCCCAAAGCCAGAUUCCAUCCUUGAUCGGUCAGCGCGGUCGUGAAAUGGAUAAGCUCCGCGCUGACACCGGUGCCCGAAUUGAUGUACCUGGGGCCGAUGAUGCGCCAGAUGCCUCGGGUCGGGUGCUGAUCAAGAUUAAAGGAACGAAAAGGCAAGUCGAAGAAGCCAAGAAGAUCCUGGAGCAACGGUCAACCGAAUUUGAUGCCACUGUCACUAAGAGUAUUGACGUUGACAAGAAGUACCACAAGUCCCUGAUUGGUGGGGGUGGUGCGAAUAUUCGUAAGAUUGUGGCUGAUGCUGGUGGACCGACUGACGGUGGCGCAUCCCGUAUUGUCAGGUUCCCGCGCCCUGAAAGCACUGAGUCUACUAUUAAGCUUGAAGGAAAUGGCCAAGUCGUUGACAAGAUUAUUGCUGCUAUUGAGGCGUUUGUGAAAGAGCGCGAGGAUCAGGUGACUGAGAACGUCGAAGUUCCUUCUACUCAACAUCGACUGCUCAUUGGACGCGGAGGAGAAACACGACGCGGUAUUGAGUCGAAGUUCAACAUUACGCUCGAUAUCCCCAAGCAAGGCUCUGGACGUUCGGAUAUCAAACUCAAGGGCCCUAGCAAUGCUGUUGCAGAGGCCAAGGAGCACAUCCUUUCCAUGCUUAAGGAUCAACAAGGUGAGACCGUGGAGGUUCCCCGGCAUUUGCAUCACGCCAUUUCCGACAAUGGCUCUUUCUUCCGUCGCCUUCGUAACGACUACCAAGUGACCGUGGAUCAUGCUGGCCAGCAAGUACCACCCAAGCCCUCCUCGGAUGACACUCGUGGUGCGGUCAACGGCGGUUCAUCUCUCCCAUUGAUCACCGAUGAGCCUGACCAAGCCGCUGAUGCUCACUCAUGGAAGGUCGUUGAGAACACCCCUGCUGCUAAUGACCCAACCCAGCCUGCUACCAUCACAUGGGUGUUGGCAGGCAACCGUGACAAUGUGACGAAGGCGAAGGCGGCUCUUGAAAAGGCCAUUGCCAAUGCAUCACAGCAGUCUGCGACUGGCUACCUAAUCCUGCCCGAUCCGAAGACCUACCGCUUCGUUGUUGGACAAGGAGGUAGCCAGAUUAACGCUAUCCGUAAGCAGACUGGCUGCCGAAUCAAUGUGCCCAAGGACCAAGCCAAGGGUGAGGCGAUCGAGGUCAAGGGAAACAAGGAAAGCUUGGAGCAGGCCAAGGACAUGAUCCUGGAGGCUGUCCGGGCCGGACUGGAGGGUAACUCCCGGUGA